AUGGUCAAUACCAAGGACCAUAAUAAACAUUUGGUACUAGCAGUGUUCGCCUGCAAGAUUCAGGCCAUGGUGAAGCAGAAGGAGAAGGCCAGACCGCACUGGCGCUCGGCCACCGACGACUACAAGCGGCAGAAGACGGAGCUGCUCAAGCAGUUUCCCUGCCUGGGCCAAGAGGGGCUGGACAAGAUCCUGCAGGUUGUGUCAAAUGCUGCUGGACAAGGGGUUGCCAUCACUGGGAACAACACUUUCAAUAACUGGAAUUGGCCUAACGCUGUGAUCUUUGCUGCUACUGUAAUCACUACAAUCGGUUACGGAAAUGUUUCUCCAAAGACACCCUCUGGGCGUCUCUUCUGCAUAUUUUAUGGGCUCUUUGGAGUUCCUCUCUGUUUGACAUGGAUCAGUGCUCUGGGGAAGUUUUUUGGAGGACGUGCCAAGAGGCUGGGCCAGUUUCUGACAAAAAGAGGAGUAAGCCUGAGGAAAGCACAAAUUACAUGCACAGCUAUUUUCAUUGUUUGGGGUGUCUUGGUCCAUCUGGUUAUUCCUCCCUUUGUCUUUAUGGUGACUGAAGGCUGGGAUUACAUUGAAGGUCUCUAUUUCUCAUUCAUCACUAUCACCACCAUAGGAUUUGGAGAUUUUGUUGCUGGUGUAAAUCCAGAUGCAAACUAUCAUGCCCUUUACAGAUACUUUGUGGAGUUAUGGAUCUACCUAGGCCUGGCUUGGCUUUCACUCUUUGUCAACUGGAAGGUCAGUAUGUUUGUGGAAGUGCACAAAGCAAUCAAGAAACGGAGGAAAAAAAGAAAAGAAUCAUUUGACAACCAUCCUCGAUCUAAAAAACCCCUUCAAAUGGGUACCUCAAAGGAUGUGAACAUUUUCAGCUUCCUUUCGAAGAAGGAAGAGACCUACAAUGAUCUUAUUAAGCAGAUUGGAAAGAAGGCCCUGAAGACUAAUAAUGACAAAAUGAUUAAAGUAGAGAAUGCCAAGCAAAAUAUGCAGAAUGCCAGUAAAGAUGCUCAGGUGACUUACACAAAGACCAAGUCAUUUGAGUAUGAUGAGGCUUCCCUAGACAUUCAGAAUGGUCAUGUGCUGAGACACCUGCAUGAUAAACGUGUUGGAGACAGCCCUCUAGAAGGAACAAUGUUUGUAAACCAGCUAGACAGGAUCAGUGAAGAAGAAGGGGAAGUGUGGGACUCGAGAGACUAUCGACCCCUAAUCUUUGAGAACGCCAACAUAACAUUUGUAAAUGAAGAUGAUGAUGAAGAGGAGGAUCUCACAGAUGAUGAGGAAACUUCAAAAUCCUCCAUGGAUGAUAAUCUCGUAGAAGAACCUGAAACUGCAAAAAAACUGGUAAAAUUCCCAUCCUCUGAUGAAUCUACCUUUACCAACAAUGAGCUGGAACUUUCUGUGCCUUAUGAACAACUGAUGAAUGAAUAUAAUACAGUAAGCAAUGUGAAGGCUGCAACGUGAAGCACAUUUGACAAUGGUUUUCUAAAAGUGGCCAGUGCAUAUCGAACAAAUAAAUGGAGCAAGGAGAAGAGCGUGUCUUUGCAGUUUCUUCUAUCUCUGAAAACAAAAGCAAGCCCCAAAGUAAUAAACUCCAGUGUCUUUUUGCCAUCCUAAGUUGGUUUCUGAGCCCAUCAGCUUUGCUUUUCUGUUUUUUAAGAAAACUUGUAAAAUAACAGUUGAUUUUGGAGUUCUACUCCUUCUUGGGAUUUUAUAGUUCUUGAACAAACUAGAAAAGAAAAGACUAGUUAUUACACUGGACCUGCUCUGUAUUUGUGCAUUUCAUGGAGAAAUUAGUUUGGGAGUGAAACUAUACUAUUGCAGACAGACCGUUUUGGGCAUCAGAUGUAUCCGGUUACUCCACUAGCCUUUCACCUCUGAAAACCUGGAUUGAAUCCUGCUUUGAUCACAGAUGGAAAAAAAGGAGUGUGAGGUUUUUUAGCUGUCCAUUGUUAAGUUGCUACCACAAAAAAUGGUAUAACUUAUUCUUAAUGAGAAACUUCAGAUCUGUAUGUCCUGGUAUUCCAUCUUAGCUGAGGUGCAUUGGCAAACUGGAGAAGAAGCUUCUGGAAUAUCUGCCUGGAAUACAUUAGUGCUGGUCAAAAGACAGUGAAUAGUAUUUUUGUGAAUAAAAUAUUAAAAUUAAAAAUUCCAAAGGAAUGGAUUGAGAAGGAGCCCUCUAACAAAGAACAACUCAUCGGGGAUGAAGCUCACCUGUCGGGCUGCUAAACUGCACAUCAGCCCCAGAACUGUUAAAGAUAAGGUGACUGGAAGAACUGUUGAUCAAAGCAUAUAUGAGCACAAGCAGGAUGCAACUUUUUUUUUUUUUUUAAAUGGUGAACGUGUCCUUCCACUGUCCAUUUCCUAGAGGAAAUACUUGAAUGAACCUUAUACAGUAUCUAUGUACAGGUGAAGUUUUAGUGACUCUGUUCUUCUGAGAAAAGUCGCCUUUGGAGUAGCAGAUACUCUCCAAAUGCCCUGAUGCCUGUCAGAAGGGACCUUUAGUGCUGCUGCUUUGUGCAGUGUGUUUGUCAGUAUUGUUGUUUGCUGUUUCUCCCUGCCUUGGUACUUCAGACUAGACUUGAAUGAGAUGAUUUUUGAAACAGUUUGUUAUACUUUGCAUUUUUGUUUUGUUUUGUUUUUUUUAAGCCUGACCUGUAUGGGUACACAAUGGUUAUUCUAUCCCACUUUCAAGAAUGCUGGGUAAUGUCAGAUCUGGUGUAAAACUGAGCUGUGAUUGCAUGACUUAAGACUGUAAGACACUUUUUCUUUUUUUUAAGCGGACUUCAGCUAUGAGCUCCAGAAAGUAUUAUCACUUGACUUGGAGAUGGGCUUCUCAUUGAUAUAAGGAAGUAUAUCAUUUAAUAAUAUUUAAGCCCGAAUCAUUUUGGCUACAAAAAAAAUUAUAGCAUGAUUUUUAUUUUUCUUCCUUUUUUCCUUGUCUAUGCAUUAAUCCUGAUAGCUCUUUCAAGUGAGGCUCUUGAUCACAUGCUGGCAAAAGGUACUGAUUUCAGUUGUAUCAAAUAUUCUUGGAACAGAAAAUUGCCAAGACCUUUGAACUUUAAUAUGACAAGUUCUGUUGUUUUAUUUAGUUUUACAUUACUUAAGUCAUUCCAGUAUGCCCAGUAUGCCACUGAACAGUUAAAGUUGUCUCAUUCUCAUUUUCAUUGUAAUGCUGGCUGACUCAUUAACUUUAUAAGAAGGGUUUAUGGAAUCUUGCAAUGCUAAUCUUGAAUUACUAAAUUUUCUAAUAACUGCAAAUACUGACUGCUGCUUGAAUUGCUGGCCUCUCCUUCCAUAAGAGGAAGAGGACACAUUGGAACCCAGCUCUCUGGCUGGAUAUCCUGUUGACAAGAAAUUUUGAAGUCAUCUACUGUGAAACAAGGGGAUGUCUUUAUUAAUUUCUUUUUAGAAGCUUCCACGUGUAUGAGAUUUUCAAAUGAAAAGUUAACACAAGGCCAGGGCCAACUCUGUUACGCUGACAAAAAUGUGGAAUCAACAUCAUUGGAUUCAGUAGUUAAUUCAUAUUUGAUGACAAUAUUGCUGAAGGGAGGUUCUAAUUUGAAGUCCAAUUGCAUUACAUUACUGCCAUUUGGAGUGGGAGCGGCUGGAUCAGUUUGAGUUCCAGCAGACAGAAGAAAGAGAGGCCUAUUGAGAAGGUUUUUUCCCCACCGCUAUUUUAAAAGGACUCCAAGCCCUUCAACUGUUUUGAAUUAAGGGCUUUGUGUACGAAGGGUCAAGGCUGAUAACUGUACCUUACAGCCAUAAGAACUGGUAGGUAAGACAGCAUACGUGACAUAAAGGAUGCUUAUGUAGCGAGUCUAGCCCUCUCGUUUUAAAAAAAUGCAUAUUAGCUUACAAGAAAAUGAAAAAGCACUCCAUACAGCUUUUCUUAUCCUCCAACUUGUCUUCCAUUAUUGAUACAAAGAUCAAAGUUUUAGCAACAGUUAGUAAGCUACGGGACAGUGAAGGGAGAAGAGGCUUGCCAGGUGGAAAAGCAUAGCCAAAGUGCAAGCGUCAUUUAGAAAAAAAAAAAAACAAAAACUCUUGAAUA